UCUCGCUCCUCUCCACAUUUCUGUAGUUGUUUUUUGUAAGAGAAAGGAUGUCGAAUUCCCGGAAAUUCUUUGUAAUUUCUGAUCAAGAUCUCAAACCGAUAAAUGCCCAGUGGUUUUAGAGGCGAACUCGAGGUUCUGUGCUUCACAAGGAAGAAUUUAUUAUGAUGAAUUGUCUGAAUGAUUAAGGCACUAUGUCUCGCCUAAUUGAUGGUCUCCCUGAUGAAGUUGCUAUCCAGUGCCUUGCACGUGUGCCUUUCUACUUCCAUUCCAAGCUGCAGCUAGUUUGUCACUCGUGGAGAGCUGCCCUUCAAAGCCCUGAGCUCUUUAAGACUCGCUGCGAGGUUGGUGCUUCAGAAGAGCUGCUUUGUGCGUUGGCAUUUGAGCCUGAAAACAUUUGGCAGUUCUAUGACCCUCUUAGAGACUGUUGGAUGACACUUCCUGUCAUGCCAUCAGAAAUAAGGCAUCUUGCUCGUUUUGGUGUGGCCUGUGUUGCUGGAAAACUCUUUGUGAUCGGCGGUGGCAGCGACCGGGUCGACCCAUUGACCGGAGACCACGAUGGAAUCUUCGCUAGCAAUGAAGUUUGGUCAUAUGACCCCCUCCGUCGUGAGUGGGCACGACGGGCUCCCAUGCUUGUUCACCGUGCCAUGUUUGCCUGUUGUGCAUUGAAUGGCAAGAUAGUCGUAGCAGGGGGGUUCACAAACUGCAGGAAAUCGAUAUCGAAGGCUGAGAUUUAUGAUCCUGAGGCAGAUGUGUGGGAACCCCUCCCGGAUCUCCGCCAUACCCAUACCUCUACUUGCUCUGGGGUUGUCAUUGGAGGGAAGAUGCAUGUCUUGCACAAAGGGUUAUCGACCAUGCAGAUAUUGGAGGACGGCGGGCAGCAAUGGACUGUCAAGGACUAUGGUUGGCUUCAGGGUCCGAUGGCAGUGGUCCAUGGGGAGCUGUAUGUGUUGAGCAACGGCUGCAUUUCAAAGCAGCCAGCAGAGAAUGUGCCUGAUAAAGUGGUAUCAUCUGCAUCGGAGUUUCAGAGACGGAUUGGGUUUGGUAUGAUUGGAGUGGGUGAUGAGAUUUAUGUGAUAGGAGGAGUGAUUGGUCCUGGUCCAAGGAAUCAAUGUAUCAAGCAGCUAUCUGAUGUAGAUGUUCUCAAUGUGAGGAGCGAGAGGCCAACCUGGCGCUCGGUGUCACCCAUGACCCAUUGCUGUGGGAGCAUUCUGGGGUGUGCUUUGCUAAGGAUUUAGAUUCUGCGAGGUCUUGGUGGGAUUCUUGUUGGUGACAGUUGCUUCUCUUUAUUGGAGGAUGGGAAAACAGAGAGCUUAUGAUUUGUCUGUGAUUGUUUUUUUCAAUUUCUCUGGGCUCUUCUGUUUCCAUGUUGUCCUAAUGUAAUAUCUUUGUGAGGCGUCGUUUUAGCCUCAGUGAUGGAAACUUGGGGUCGUUCAGGCCCUGAAAGACAGUCAUCUGUUGUUGUAACUCAAUGUGAAUCAUCAUACAUACCUUUUGCGUUGGGCAUAAAUCAAUCUAUAAGGUUUGAAUGCAAGAACUUAU